AUAAUUUCCUUUCUUCUAUACAUUUUGUCUUUCCCUAGUUCUAUGUUGCGAAAGCUGGACCUGAGAAUGAAUUUGUAUCUGUGGUAAGGAUUGCGUCAAAUUUUGAUGGCUAUAGUUUCUACUUGAUGACGUGUGGUCUUGUCUGCUGGUCUUCAGUGCUCCGAGCUUGGACCCGAAAAGGAGUGAAUGUGAAAGGGAGUGUUCCUCCGAUUGUGAGGCGUGAAAUUGUGAUGGCUAUACUAUGUACUUGGUGACAUACCUUCCCUUACAUAACAAGGCAGGUUGGUUAAGCAUUGCCACCAGGUCGUCUUGACAAGGCUCGCCUCCUUUCCGGCUAACAUUGAUUUGAGGCUCUGGCAGGCAUGCUCUGCUAAGUAGGUUGGGUCUAGUAGACGUUUUAUUGGUAUGAAAGGGAAACAAAAAGGUAGUAUGAGGAAUCUUUUGUGCAUGAGGAAUGUUCUGUUACUGUAGAGGAUGGGAGUCAAAUAAGAUAUCCCAUUAGUUGGAUUUCUGCGGGUGACCCCCUUAUGUUUCUCAGAGUCGACUUUCUAUUAGUCAAGAUUUGAAGGCCGUAUUGGGAUUGAAUAUCUGAAAAAAAAUAGUGUGGAAAUUUUAAUGUUGCAUCCUACAUGUUAAUUGCCAUCAAUGUGAAUGCACAACUUAUAAUCUGAUUCUCAAAGCAAAUUGGUUGCGCAUAUAGGUGGGAAUGUGGAUGUAGGCAUUUGCCUCUUUACAAUCUCCAAGUUCUAUUCUGACUCAUUUAUGUCAUUGAUACGUUGCAGUUGUAAAACCUCAGUGGAAAGCAGCUAUAGAUUUCAAGUCAAUUCUAGAGAAUAAAACGGCUGCGGCAGCAAACCUGAAUAACAGGAAUUCUAACGCCAACCUGGAAUUAGUUAUUGAGCUCUAUGAGAGGUUGCUGGAACUUCAAAAGAUAGCAGGAAGUUGAAGAGCUCCGUUAUGAGAGAAAUACAGUUGCAAACAAGAUGAAAGGAAAAGUGGAGCCAUUGGAGCGUCAAAGACUCAUAGAAGAAGGAAAGAGUUUGAAGGAAAAACUGCUUACACUGGAAGAAGAUCUUGUCAAACUUACUGAUGCACUUCAACGAGAAGCACAAUGUAUUCCCAAUAUGACACAUCCAGAUGUUCCAAUAGGAGGGGAAGAUAGUUCAACGAUUAGAAAUAUGGUUGGUGCCCCCCAUGAGUUCACCUUUCCCAUCAAGGACCAUGUACAACUUGGGAAAGAACUAGAUCUUUUUGAUUUUGAUGCUGCUGCUGAGGUUAGUGGAUCAAAAUUCUACUACCUCAAGAAUGAAGCGGUUCUACUAGAGAUGGGUCUUAUAAACUGGACGUUGUCAGAAGUCAUGAAAAGGGGUUUUAUUCCUCUUACAACCCCAGAAAUUGCUAGGUCCUUGGUGGUUGAAAAGUGUGGCUUCCAACCUCGUGGAGAUAACACUCAGGUUUACUCUAUUGAGGGCACUGAUCAAUGCCUGAUUGGGACUGCAGAGAUCCCUGUUGGGGGAAUACACAUGGACUCUAUUCUUGCUGACUCAUCAUUACCUUUAAAAUAUGUAGCAUAUUCCCAUUGCUUUCGUACAGAAGCUGGUGCAGCUGGAGCUGCUACUAGGGGCCUAUACCGAGUACACCAGUUUAGCAAGGUGGAGAUGUUCAUACUAUGCCGACCUGAGGAAAGUAAUGCUUACCAUGAAGAGCUAAUUGCAAUCGAAGAGGAUCUCUUUUCAAAAUUAGGACUCCAUUUCAAAACGUUGGAUAUGGCGACUGGGGAUUUAGGUGCACCUGCUUACCGUAAAUAUGAUGUUGAAGCCUGGAUGCCAGGUUUGGGACGAUAUGGUGAGAUAUCAAGUGCUUCAAAUUGUACAGACUAUCAGAGCCGUAGAUUGGGAAUACGAUUCCGUCCAGAAUCAACAAAUCCCACAAAUACAAAGAAAAGUAAAAGCCGCAAUGUAAACCCACCAGAAUUUGUGCACACGCUAAACGCGACUGCGUGUGCAGUUCCUCGCAUGAUUGUGUGUUUACUUGAGAACUACCAGCAAGAAGAUGGAUCUGUUGUUAUCCCAGAACCAUUAAGGCCUUUCAUGGGUGGGAUUCAGGUAAUAACUCCUAAAUUAAAAUAGCUUAUAGAAUUUCAUCAAACCAUAUAGCCAUCGGUUUUAGAUCCAUCUUGAUUCUUAAUUUUUGGGUUGGUUUCCUAGUUUUUUUUUGGUUCUGCUGCUCAAAGAAGACAUUGGAGGACUUUGUGAAUCCUGGAAAAGUGUUGUAUGGAUAUAUAAACUUGUACAAGGAAAGAUUACAUAGAAUAUCAUAUAUGAUAUUCAAACUAGGAAACAAUUCAAAUAGUUUAUGAAGUUAUAUUAACUAUCACCCCUCCUUAAGUCGAAAUUGAGGGUUUGAAGGAAGAUGGCAGGUCUUUAGUGAAAAUAUUGGCAUACCGAGACAAAGGUGACACAUGAACUUGGCCUAGAGCAACCUUUUAACGUACAAAAUGUAUAUCUAUCUCAACUUGUUCAAUCCACCGGUGUUGUACUAGAUUAGACUCACGACACUGAUAUUAUUACAAUAGAGGAUCGUGGCUUUUUGAAAAGGACAAUGUACUUCUAGUAGCAAAUUCUGAAGCCAUGGAGCAGAAGAGAGUGGGUUGAUGCUUAUGACCAAUAAAGAAGGUGAAGGUCGUCAGCUAAGUACACACAAUAACCUUGGCCAAAGGCUCUUCGGUCACCGUAGAGACGGUUUUUGAAUUAGCGUUGUUUUGAUUUUCUUUUACGAGUUCGGUGGUGAUUGUUGAGAUAAACUUAGGAUCCCUUUGGUUUAAUGGAAUGAAAUGAAAUUGGGGGGUUUGAAUUUUAAA